AAUCAUUCUGUGAUGUUGACGUUUUGUUUGUAUUCAAAUAUCAACGAAAACAUUUAAAUAUACUUAGAUUGAUCAAUUAUUAGAAAAUAAAAUGUUUGGAAUAAAACAUAACGAAUGUGUUGGAUUCGAAUCGAGAUGGAAAGUGAAAAAAGUAACAACUGAUACCGCUACUCAAACUACUGAAUUUUCUCAGGCGGAAAAAGGAACAAAUUCGACUGCGGUGGGCAAUAUUGAGAUUCAAACAGAUUCUUCAGAAGCUCCCGUUUUGUCUGAAGAUACUGAUAUGCAAAAAUUAGCAACCUGGUUACGAAAUAUAUAUCCCAGAGUGAAAAAAGAAAUUGAUGAUGCUAAUAAUUCUAAUGCUUUUCGAGGAUAUCGGUUACAGAGAGAUACGAGCGAGGUUGAAUGUAAAUUAUUACAAAAAAUUAAUAUUGCUCAUAAUGCUGGUGGAGAUAAUACAAUUUCUAAAAAGGUUUCAUCGAUGACAUGGAAUCAAAGUGGGAAAUCAUUGGCAUUUUCUUGUAAUUUUGAACACCAAUCAUGGUGUCAUCAUUCAGGAUCUGUUUUCAUUUAUUCACGGUCGAGUAACGGUGUUUUAUCAGAACAGCCUAACAAAAUUUUAAAAACAGAAAGUUGUGUUGUAUGUUUAAAGUUUCAUCCAACACAACCUAGUAUAUUAGCAGGAUCUACGUUUUCUGGUUCUGUUAUUAUUUGGAACAUUCAAAAUGAAGAAGGCGAUGAAAUUAUGACAACAAAAAAUGCGCAUGGAGAAAUAGUUACUCAGUUAUCGUGGACUAAUGAUAUAAAGCAAGAUAAAGGUUUACUUUUAGUCACUACAAGUACUGAUGGGUUGUUGAAAGUGUGGAAAUACAAUGCCACUGAAUGCGAUUUAAAGCUUUAUACAAGAUAUAAAGUGAAACCUCCAUUAUUAAAUUCUUCACAAAGAAUCAAUGAAUCACCUAAUAUAAUAAACAAAUCUUCUAGUAGUAUAAUAUGCUUCGAUUUUUCAAAACAUGUUCCAGAUAUGUUUGUUGUUGGCUUAGAAGGAGGACACAUAGUUCAAUGUUCUUUACUGGGGGCAACCGAAUUAAAAGGUAAUACACCGGAAGAUCCUUUGAAAGAUCCAUCUUUCAAAUAUUACGAGCCCCAUGAAGGCGAAGUAGUAUCUGUUAGUUUUUCACCAAAUCGGAAAGAAAUGUUUAUGAGUUAUGGCACCGAUUCGGAAAUUAGAAUUUAUCUCAUUGGACAGGAAGAUCCUGCGCAAAUGAUAUUUUUAAAAAGUACAUUGUUGGAUUUGUCUUUCGUUCCUUAUCAGGAUAAACUAAUCGUAGGAUGUGGUUUGAAUGGAUUUAUGGAAAUUUUUCAUUUACGGAAGGCGCAACGAAUUCAAGACGUAACUAAGGAACAUUUUAAAAACAAAAUUACGUCCACUUGUUUAGCUAUCAAUUAUAAUAAGAAUAAUCUUGUUGCUCUGGGUACCGCAAAUGGAGAAUUACAAUUAUGGAACGUGCCUUGGGAUUAUUUGGAAAAUAAAUAACAAUUUAUGUAAAUAAAAGAUUGUUUCAUUA